AUUGUCUUGUUUUGUUUGUUCAAGAGCAUGUGAGCUACCUAAUUCGGGACUUCUGGCCAGUACAACUUAUUGCACUCACUAUCUGGUUUUGAUAUGUUAAGCUUGUUGGUUCAAUUGAACAAACUGAAGAUACCGAUGAAGCUAAGCCAGAAAAGGAGUCUGACUCUACACCAGAUCCUAAGAAUGGAUCCAAGCCUAUGGAUGUGGACAAAGCCAAGACAAAGCGCAAAUAUUUUGUCGGUCAAGAAUUAGAGUUCAGGAGGGAUCAUAUGGAGCUGAUCCCGCCAAUGAAAGAUGGAAUAGUUACUGAUUGGGAUGUUGUUGACAACAUAUGGAAUCAUGCUUUUAGACGUCGGCUAUUGAUCAAUCCCGAAGAGCAUCCUAUGCUGAUAGCUGAACCAUCUACAAACAGUGGACAGCAAAGAGAGAAAGCAGCAGAACUUAUGUUUGAGAAGUAUAAAGUGCCAGCGCUGUUCCUAGCAAAAAAUGCAGUUCUCACAUCUUUUGCAUCUGGACGUGCUACAUCUCUGGUGGUUGACAGUGGUGGAGGGUCUACUGUGAUUUCUGCUGUGCAUGAUGGUUAUGUUUUGCAAAAGUCUGUUGCAACUUCUCCAAUUGGUGGUGAAUUUUUAACUGACUGUAUGAUGAAAAGCUUGGAGAGCAAGGGCGUUGUUAUUAGGCCCCGAUAUUCAUUUAAGAAGAAGGAAGUGAGCCCUGGCGAUUACAAGGUUGUAGAUCUGGAUUUUCCAAACACGACGGAUAGUUAUAGGUUGUACUGCAUGAGAGCUAUUGCUAGCGACAUCAAGGAGUCAGUUUGCAGAGUUCCAGAUACUCCCUUUGAUGAAGUGGCAUAUGCAAAUGUUCCUACAACUUCAUAUGAGCUUCCAGAUGGGCAAACUAUUGAAGUUGGUGCAGAUAGAUUCAAGAUUCCUGACAUUUUGUUCAAUCCAUAUCUUUCUCAGACCAUUCCUGGUGUCGAAGGAUUUGGAGAUUCUACUUCAAUUCGUGGACUUCCACGAAUGGUCCUUGACAGUGUAAAUAGGUGUGAUGUUGACAUUCGCAAGGAGCUACUCAGCAGCAUUUUGCUUUCUGGCGGCUCAUCAUCAAUUCUGCAGUUAAAGGAGCGCCUAGAAAAGGAAGUAAUGGAGGAGUCCCCUCAAAAUGCUCGUGUAAAGGUUUUGGCAAGUGGAAAUUCAAUAGAGAGGCGAUUCAGUGUUUGGAUUGGAGGAAGCAUUCUUGCAUCUCUUGGGUCGUUCCAGCAAAUGUGGUUCUCCAAGGCAGAGUAUGAAGAGCAUGGUGUUUCCUAUAUCCAAAGGAAAUGCCCAUGAAAUGGUGGAACAAGCUAUGUGUUGCCGAAAGUUGUGUCGGCAACCAUUAGAUGCAGGCGACCAACGCCACCUUGUUAUGUUGGCAGCUAUUAUCGGGGAUAUUUAUUCAUGUCAUGACUAGUUUUUAGGUCUGCGUGUGCAACUGACUCAGCUAGUACUUGUCAUUAAUGGCAGAUGUUGGUGUGCUGAUUUUGUUUGUCGGCGAUGUAGAAAUGUAACGAGUUACUAUUCUUUAGAAUCCGGUGUAUCCUGGAGUGAAGUCUUUUUAGUGGCCAUUGACAGCUGGUAAGAGAAGCUGUAACUGAUCGACUACAUGUAAGUUAAGUCAAGUCAAACGUUUUUUGAAUUUAGGCUGCUAA